GAAAAUUAAACCACCUUGGCGAAGAACAUUCUCGGUUGUUGAACUCUGAGCAGCCAGUGUGAACCAGUCUCACCUCAUUGAUUCAUUCUCCGUCAGAAAUACCUUUCCUUUGCGAAAGAGAAGAGAUCUGAAACCCUAACCCUAACCCUAACCAGAGGUAAUGGAUUCAGUGCCUCGAAGAAGCAGAGGAGGAGGCGUUUUGGAAAACCUCGACAAGGUCCUAAUGCGUCGCAACUGAGUCUACGUCACCUUCGUCAUCGCAGGCGCCUUCCUCGGAGAACGGGCUGUGGAUUACGGAGCUCACAAGAUCGGGGAGCACAAUAACGUUGGGUAGGUGUACAAAAUUGCUCAUGUUUGUAAAUUGUGAGUUGGCCAAGCAAAUGACAGAGCUAUUUCCGUGCAUUUUGUCCAAAUGGCACCUAGAUGGAAAGGAAAAGAUGCAAAAGCUAAAAAGGAUGCACAAGCUGAAGCGCUCAAGGAACCCAUGUCAAAGAUUGUAUCUCAACUUCAGUCUUCUCUAGUUCAAUCAAAUACUUGUGGAUUUCUCUCUGGUAGUAGUGUACACUUAGCAGUGGGAGCAGAACAACUUCAUUUGCUCGAUAAAGCAUGCUUUGGCUCACCUGUGAGAACAGUUGAAAAGGACAAACCUCGGUUUCAAUUAAGCUUUGAGGAGGCAUUCUACCUAUGCUAUUCCUUGAAAUGCCUUAAGAUUAAUAAUGACAGUGAUGAUACUAGUCCCCAAAACAGUGAAGAGCUGUGGCAUUACAUGAAGUCAAAGAAAGAAACAUUCCCUUGUUUCUACAAGGCUUAUUCCCACCUGAGAAUGAAAAACUGGGUAGUGAGGUCAGGAGCUCAGUAUGGUGCAGAUUUCGUUGUCUAUUGUCACCAUCCAGCUCGGGUCCAUUCCGAGUAUGGUGUGCUUGUUUUAUCAGAUGGAGAAGAUAAAGAUCUAAAUGGAAGGUUGAGAGUAUGGUCUGAUGUUCAUUGCACAACUCGACUUCUUGGAGGUGUUGCAAAAAUCUUAUUGGUUUUGUAUGUCAAUAGAAAUGGUAGCAGCAAUGAGUCUCCAUUAUGUUUGGCAAACUACACCAUUGAAGAGCACACAAUCACCAGAUGGAAUCCAGAACAGUGCCGCGAAAAGAUGGUAAUUCAUGCUAAUUCUGAUAAUGGAACUGGGUAAAUACUUCAUCAUAUGGACGCAACAAAAUAUAUCAAACAUGAAAAAAAAAGUAUUUUUUUUAUUGUCUUUGUCCAAAGAUAUUAGUUAUUCAAGCAUAACAAUAUUCUUAAAGAUUUGAUUCCUUUUCCGUUUAAAGUUAUUGUCAUUUCACUUUUUAUUUUUGAAGGUUCUAUAUGCUACA